GACAAUCGAGAGGUUUUCAAGAAAAUAAAAUAGGCUCCUAUAUGUCUUUCUAGCCCCGAAUACUUCUAACCGAUAAAAAAUUACAUUCGUUUUUAAGUUGGGCCUCUUUUGGCCCGUCUGUCUUUCUGUCGGGUCGGGUCUUCUCUGCACCAAAUUGGUAAACUUGAGUUUGGUUUGUUUUUGUGGGUCUUUGGAUUGAAGAAGAGCUCUGCAUGUAGACACUUUGAAGUGAAUUUUUUGAUUAUUGAAAAUGGAUGGAUCAUACAUUUGGAUUAUUGUUUUUGGAUUAAAGAACAUGUACUUUUCUAUUUACUUGUUUACAAAUUAGCAUAUUAUAAAUUUCACCGAAAAUUAAAAAAAAAAAAAAAAACUGUUUUCAAUUUUAGGCUGAAACUUAUUUUACCUUUAAACUUUAAAGCGACUAAAAAAGUCAACAAAUGGGAAGGUUUUGACCUCAAAUUAUGUUGAUGGUUCCUAAAUUUUAUUUCACAAAUAGUUUCUCCAAUGACCGUACAUUAAUGACAUUACCUUCGCCAAACCAUGUAUCUUAAACCAACAAAUGCCUACGUCAUCAUCUUUCUCCCCUCACACCACCAACACCCACAUCCAAAAUAUCAUCAAAAUUUAAAUAGGCCGGAAUUUUUUUAUCUCCGGCCAAGUUUCCGACCAAUCUGGCCUUUGGGAAAUGUCGACAACCCCCACGAAUGCCCCACCGCCUACAAUACCAUACACAUCUCCUCCUAUUACAGUCAUCCUAACCAUUAUUCUCCUCCUCUUUUUCUUCAUAGGUUUUUUCUCUAUAUACUUCUGUAGGUGCUUCAUGCAAAACCUAUUUUACACGUGGCAUCGCCAGAGUCCCUCCAGGGCCCCUAGGGUCCCUGGAACGGACAGUGCUGCCCCUGGACUUGACCCUUCCAUCAUAAAAACUUUCCCAACGUUUCAAUAUUCGAGUGUCAAAGAAUAUCGACGUGAGAAUUAUGGAUUAGAAUGCGCGAUAUGUUUAUGUGAGUUCAAGGAUGAAAACGUGCUCAGGCUUCUAACCAAAUGUUGUCAUGUAUUCCAUCAAGAAUGCAUCGACCUGUGGCUCGGGUCACAUAAAUCCUGCCCAUGUUGCCGGUCUAGUCUCGACACGCCUAUCAACUCGCCGGAAAAAUCUCCGGUUUCACUGGAUAGUGGACGUGGUAUGAAUGAGGUUCGAGAAAAUGGUUCGAAUGGUGAUUCUGUUAGUAUCGAUAUUAGAGAUACCAAUGAGAUCAAUGAUGAAAGCAAGAUGGAGAAGCAUGUGGUUAUUAAAGUUAAUGAGGAUAGAGAAGGAGAACGAAUACAGAAGACAACAACAGAAGGGUUCGGGAGGUCCAAGUCCACCGGGCAUUCAAUUGUUAAAAAAAACAAUGGAUGUGAAAAUGAUGAAAGAUUUACGUUAAGAUUGCCUCAAGAUGUGCAAGCUAAACUUAUUCCGAGGCAUAAUUGGACAAGAAGUUGUACAGAAUUUGGUGAAUACAAAAGCAAAACUUCGUCUAGCAAUGCUGGUUUCGGAGAGGUAACUCUAGAUAGAGAUGAACGCAAGGCCUAGGAUAGGAUACCAGAUACCAAUUACCAAACCAACAUGUAUCGGUAAUUUUUUUGGUUUUAGAAUUCGUUAGAUUGUAUAUUACUAUGCGAGAGCAACUUCAUAUGUUUAACAUUGUAAAUUUGGUAGGAAAGUAUGUAUAUUUAGAUGAGAUGAUCCUUCUAUAUGUAAACACUUUUAGAUUAUAUCAAAGAAUUCAAAUCAUUUUUACAUGUACAAAUAGACAAAUACUUCG